AUGGGAAGGCUCUUUCCCCAUCAUUUCUGGGCAAACGCACAACAGACGGGGGGAGCUCCCCUUCUCAGCACACCUGAGCUGGCGGUUCCUGCUCGGCGUGUGAUCCUACCCAGCCCAGCGCUGCUGGCUCAGGCUCAAGUUCAGGGUACCAUCUUCCCAGCUCCCAAUUUCAACCCCGUGCUGGAUGCUGAGUUGCUGGGAAGCGCGCUCCAGGGAUUCGGCUGUGACAAGGACCUGCUGAUCGACAUCCUGACCCAGCGCUGCAACACCCAGAGGCUGCUGAUCGCCGAGGCUUACCUGGGUGCCUUCAGCCGGGACCUGGUCGGGGACUUGAAGGAGAAGCUUUCCAAUCACUUCAAGGAUGUCAUGGUCAGCCUCAUGUACCCCCCACCCUCGUAUGAUGCCCAUGAGCUGUGGCACGCCAUGAAGGGAGCAGGCACUGAUGAGAGCUGCCUCAUUGAGAUAUUAGCUUCGAGAACAAAUGGAGAAAUUUUCCAGAUGCGAGAAGCCUACUAUUUGCAAUAUAGCCGUGACCUGCAGGAGGACAUCUACUCAGAGACCUCAGGACACUUCAGAGACAUGCUCGUGAGCUUGGUCCAGGGAACCAGGGAGGAAGGAUACACAGACCCAGCCACGGCCACUCAGGACGCGAUGGUGCUGUGGGAGGCCUGCCAGCAGAGGACAGGGGAACACAAGACGCUUCUGCAAUUGAUGCUGUGUAACAAGAGCUACCAGCAGCUGUGCCUGGUUUUCCAGGAAUUUCAAAAUAUUUCUGGGCAAGACAUAGUAGAUGCCAUUAAUGAAUGUUACGAUGGAUACUUUCGAGAGCUGCUAGUAGCAGUUGUUCUCUGUAUUCGAGACAAACCAGCCUAUUUUGCUUACAGAUUGUAUAGUGCAAUCCAUGACUUCGGCUUCCAUAAUAAAACCGUGAUUAGGAUUCUAAUCGCCAGAAGUGAAAUCGACCUGAUGACCGUAAGGAAGCGGUACAAAGAGAGAUAUGGGAAGUCCCUUUUCCACGACAUCAAGAAUUUCGCAUCAGGGCACUAUGAGAAGGCUCUGCUGGCCAUCUGUGCGGGUGACGCAGAUGACUACUAA